AGAGCUUCAACUUUUCAACGCGGAAAAAGGGUCGUAAUGAUCCAAUGGGACACCGGACUCGUGCACUCUUUGCAAAGCAUACCUGUUCACAGUUGAUCUUCGGCCUCGUCUCUCUUCUAGGGUUUCACAUCUUCCAAUUCCUACGGUGAUGGGAAAAAUGUUCAACCAAACCUGCAUUUUGUGACAGUGUUUAUAUUUUUUUGAAAAGAAGAAGUUCAAGUAUUUAUUGAGCAAAGCCCAUGGAUUCAGUUCGGUGUUGGUUCAAAAAGUCAAAGUCGAAAGAUAAGGUGAAGUCUACUAAGAAGAACGAAGCUAAAGGCAAUGAGAAACAGGGGUUAAAAGCACCAACAAGUGAAGAAGUGCCAUCAAAUGUAACGAACCAGAAGGUUGCAGCUGCAAAGCAGUAUAUUGAAAAUCAUUACAAGAAACAGAUGAAGGAUCUUCAGGAGAGGAAAGAACGUCGCAAUAUACUAGAAAAGAAGUUGGCUGAUGCUGAGGUCUCUGAGGAAGAACAAAACAACUUACUAAAGUCUUUGGAGAAGAAAGAAACAGAAUACAUGCGUAUUCAAAGGCAUAAAAUGGGUGCUGAUGAUUUUGAGCCAUUGACAAUUAUAGGCAAAGGUGCCUUUGGGGAGGUUAGAGUCUGUCGAGAGAAGGCAACUAGUCAUGUAUAUGCUAUGAAGAAAUUGAAGAAAUCGGAGAUGUUACGAAGAGGCCAGGUUGAACAUGUGAAAGCUGAGAGGAAUUUACUUGCUGAGGUUGACAGCAAUUGCAUCGUCAAAUUAUAUUGCUCCUUCCAAGAUGAAGAGUAUCUCUAUCUGAUUAUGGAAUAUCUUCCCGGUGGAGAUAUGAUGACUUUACUGAUGCGUAAGGAUACACUAACAGAAGAUGAGGCCAGAUUUUAUGUUGGGGAAACUGUCUUGGCCAUUGAAUCUAUCCAUAAACAUAAUUAUAUACAUAGAGAUAUCAAGCCUGACAAUUUACUUCUUGAUAGAAAUGGUCACAUGAAGUUAUCGGAUUUUGGGUUAUGUAAGCCUUUGGACUGCAGUAAUCUUCAGGAAAAGGACUUUUCUACAGCAAAAAACCUUAGUGGAGCGCUUCAGAGUGAUGGACGCCCAGCGGCGCCUAGGCGCACACAGCAGGAGCAGCUGCAGCACUGGCAGAGGAACAGAAGGAUGCUUGCUUAUUCUACUGUUGGAACUCCUGAUUAUAUUGCGCCUGAGGUUUUACUGAAGAAAGGAUAUGGAAUGGAAUGUGAUUGGUGGUCUCUGGGUGCUAUCAUGUAUGAAAUGCUUGUGGGAUAUCCUCCCUUUUAUUCAGAUGAGCCUAUGUCAACUUGUAGGAAGAUAGUUAAUUGGAGAACUCAUUUAAAAUUUCCAGAAGAAGCAAGGCUGUCUCCAGAAGCAAAAGAUCUUAUCAGUAAGCUCCUGUGUAAUGUUGAGCAAAGGCUUGGAACAAAAGGCGCAGAUGAAAUAAAGGUCCAUCCUUGGUUUAAAGGCAUUGAAUGGGACAAAUUAUACCAAAUGAAAGCUGCUUUUAUUCCUGAGGUUAAUGACGAGUUGGACACCCAAAAUUUUGAGAAGUUUGAAGAGGUUGACAACCAAAUUCAGACGUCAUCAAAAUCUGGUCCAUGGAGAAAGAUGCUUUCAUCCAAGGAUAUAAACUUUGUUGGUUAUACAUAUAAGAACUUCGAAAUUGUAAAUGAUCAUCAAUUGCCUGGCAUUGCUGAAUUGAAGAAAAAGAGCACUAAACCGAAGAGACCAUCGAUCAAAUCUCUUUUCGAAGACGAGUCAGCUGCACCUGCGCCUGUUCAUGGGAGCUUUGUAAACCUCUUGCCAACACAAGUAGAAACACCCGAGGAAGUGAACAAGUCCCAGUGAGCUGGUGAAGGAUUUGACCAAGGGAUCAUGUUCUUCUCUUGUGAAGAAUUUGUUUGGCGCUUCUUGACAUGUAUAAAUUGUAGAGUGAAAGGGACGAAGGAAACCCAAAAACAAGAAUGCCUGGGAGUGGGAAGUCUUAGUUGGAUGGUUGAAUCUGCUUGCUUUGGGGAUUUUAUUCUUUGUAUGAUAAUUUUCUCAAAGUGAUUAUUCUUUUGAAACUGUUGGGUGUAUAUUUAUUUUCCACCUCUCGUGAUCUCUUGGGCUUUGAAGAAUUCUUGUACAAGACGAGACCUAUAUUAUUCUCACUUUUCUUGUAAUUAGUUAAUCUAACAGAUGGGUUGACGAUGGAAAGGAAAUCUUUGUUGUUGACCUUA